UAUGUUUGUCAAAUACCCGAUGUGGGACUAAAAGUGCUAUCUCUCAGUAACAAACGUAUCCUUAGAAAUGUGGAAAUUGCAACCCUAGUCCCUGAAUGAAUCUCUAAACAAAAAACCUCUGAUCGGUGAUUGAUAUAUCUGACAAUCACAACACACGAAGAUGGAGGAAACAGCCACUAGCGGCGGAGGCGGUGGUAUUCCAUGGUUGUGGGGUGUAGCCAGUGCUGCUCAAAUGGGAUUGGGUGUACGUUCCUACAUUAAGGGACACGCAGGUGAUUCUUGCCUCAUGCCUUUGAAAGCUUUCUCUGUUGCUUCUCUUUUUAUUGGCAGUGCCGCUUCCGCUUCUAUCUUCAUUCUUCAAGCUAAUGGCAUCCAUGGGGUGGAUGAUCUCAUUGAAGCCGGCGCCAAUUUAAGAGCCAAACUUGGGUUACAUCCACGCACAUCGAAUAAGAAUAUGGAUGAGUCAUAGCCAAAUUCUCAGGCACUACUUGUGCUAUUUCUUGGUGGUGUGGUUCCUUGGUGGUGAAGCAUUCACAACAUUCUGUGGUUUGGUUCAUCGAAAGGUUGAAGGUUUAAUGUGCAAUUCAACAAUAUGCUUAUUAGAAACGCUACAUCUAAUUGUCUUUUUCGAUGUUUUGCUCUCUUGUUGCAUACCUAGUAGUUUUGUGUAUGCAUCUUGUAAUACAUUGUCAUUAAUAAUGUUUUUCAUUUAUCUUACUCGGCUGCUGGCCGUCAGUUUUUGGCA